AUGUCGUCGGUUGGCGAAGGCCUGGGCGAAGGCAAUUCUAAGGCAGCGAGUGUAUCUCAGCGAUUCAAUUUCCCCGACUCAGAUAUCGCAUUCCGCUCAUCAGACAAUGUCAUUUUUAGGACACACACCAAGAACCUAGAGACUCAUGCUGAGGGGUUUCCACCCAGCGCAUUUGCCGUCGAUUUGGAGUCCGAAAUCGUCAACUUGACAGAGACUGCAGAGACAUUAGAAUUGCUCUUUCAAUACGUUUAUCCACAACGACAACCCGAUCUCACGACUCUGCCCUUUAAUGUGCUAGCUGACCUGGCGGAGGCGGCGGAGAAGUACCAGAUAUUCAGCGCGAUGGAUAUAUUACGGAUUUUUAUGGGGAAUGGCCUACAAGAUAAUGCAUUGACGGUCUUGAAUUACGCUGUUAGACAUGACUACCUCGAAAUCGCAGACGAAGCAGCACCAUUGACGAUUUCCCUCCCACUUGACCAGAUAGGCAAACAUAUGCAUGCUAACUACAUGGGCAGCUGGCUACGAUACUACUCCGAGUGGCAGGAGAUUCUCGAGUUGGCAUGCUCAGAAGGCUGGCGAAUAGGCCACACAGCGCCUUGUCGGAUUACCGCUAACGUCACCGCUUGUCCACACUGGAACUCGGCUCGCCAAAGUGUCCUCACCAAACUUGGUGCUCGACCAGGCGCGCUCAAUGACCUUGCGAAGAUAUUCACAACUGCUCAUGGCCUUUAUCCUUGUGCCAUCGAAAGUCUGCGGCAGUGGGAGUACUUCAUUGCUAUUAAAGUGCGAGAUUUGCCCCAGUUCCGCACAUUUCUGUAA